UUUAAUGGGAAGAUACAGGUCUUUAAUUCUGCAGUAUCAGUGUUCUUUGCACUGAGCGAUUUGAGUGGGAUUGGUGGGAUGAAACACGAAUACAUUCGUGUGUCUCCCAAGUGGAGAAGUGGGCAUGCAUGCAAAGAUUGCAUGUUUGUCAUUACUGACCCAAAUGCUCAUGGAAUGCAGGGUAUGGACAUU